AUGGGGUAUACAAACAACUGGCUAAGCAGUGAUCAAAUACUCGCCUUGCGACACUUGCCUGUGAUGCCGGUGACAUAUCGAUCACUCACCAAGCGGCGGCCCCUGGUUACAGCUGCUUCAUCUACGUCGUCGCGUGUUCAUCGCGCAUUCCACGAAAUUCCGUCGUACGGUCCCGCGUCAUGUUGUGCACGGAAGGAAGGAAGAGCCAGCACAUGCAUCGGUGAAGCCAAGGGAGUGGUCGUGAAUAGUGUCUGUCACAUGAUAAACAGCCUAGCGCAGAUCGCGGGCAGCCAGGGUCCAACGGCGGCCAGACCCCUCUACCGGCGCAAAAUAAUCUCAGCCGACGCGACUUGUCACCGCAACAUCACACUUCACAAAGACAACUCUCACAAAGUCAUACAAGACCCGCUUCCGAGCUUACCACCAGCAACUGACCCGCCAGCCACACAAGCACACACACAUCCUUCACCAUGGGUAACGGAGCCAAGGCACAGCAGAAGCGCGACCGCAAGGGCGACAGCGGCCCCAAAGAAGCAAAGUCGCAGAUCAAAUCCAACGCCGCAGCCCAGAGCAUCAAGUGCAAAACCUGCUUCCAGACCUUCCAGGGCACCACGAGCCAGAAGAUGCUGACGGACCACGCGAGCAACAAGCACAGCAAGCAGUUUGCCGACUGCUUCAACGCCGACGAGGGCGUGGUGAAAUAAAUGCGACGGGGCGAUGGACUUGGGAUUUUACAUGCAUGAGAUACCACGGUGGGAGCGAGGAGUUGAGGGGAUGAGGCGUGGUGGGGAGCGGGCAUGAGGCGGCGUAGGGUGCAAUAUGCUUGGGAUACAAUUGAUGAAUGCAUGGAGUUUGGUCACA